AUGGCUAUGUAUGGAAUGUCCGCCACAUUGCCAGAUAGAACUAUAGUUGGUGACAUCACAAGAUAUUUUAUAGAUGCUAUGUAUUAUACUCCAAAAUAAUACAUUUUAUAUUGUCAAGCCGGUACCUAUCUUGUUAAUUAUAUAGUUUCCAUAUAAAAGUAAUAAUUAAUAAUAUAAACAUAGAAUAAAAAUGGAUACUCUUGCUAGUUUUAAUGAAGAAGAUGAAUCGAUUCAACACUGUGAACCCAAUGUUACAUUUAUAGUUGACGAGGCUACAUUUGGAAAAGGCUCUCUGUAUGUUGCUGAAAGUAAACUUUAUUGGAAGAAUGAUGCAACCAAUCAAAUAAUUAGUAUUGAUUACAAAUCCAUGUGUGUAUUUGGUACAUGUAAUCAUCCAGUAGUACAUGAAAAACCCUGUUUGCAAAUAAUAGUUGACUUCUCUUAUAAACCUUCUGAUAGUAUACAACCUGAAAAUGGACAAAACCUAAAUGGUGACAAUCAUAUUAAUGAAGAUGAUAAUGAUUCUGAAGAAGAUAAUGAAGAUGAGGAAGAAGGAGAAAUGAAAUCUAAAAUCAAACUUGUGCCUGACACCCCAGAAUUUUUGAAUGAAAUAUAUUUAGCAUUUACACGUGUCCAACUAUUACAUAAUACUAAUGAUUCAGACACUGAGGAAGAAGAUGGUGAUUAUUAUAAUGAAAAUGAUGAAUUUGAAGACUAUGAUGAAGAUGAUGAUGAACAAAUAUUGAGGAAUUGAAGUUUUCUAAUUAAUGUUUCAUGCAAUUAAUUAUUAUUUACAUAUAUUGCCAUAGCCCUAUUUUAUUUUAUAAUAGUCUAAUAUUUCCCAUGAAUAAUUAUCAGUUUGUUUUUAUAAUUUGUCAUUUAUUAUAACUUAUUAUUCAUCAUUUAUCUUUCUAUUAAAAUUAAUUUUAAAUAUUUCCUAAUGUUUUGUACACUUUAUGCACCUAUUUAAGAAUAUUAUAAAUGUUUAUUUGAUUAGCAUCCUAGAAACAUCAAUGGUUUUAUUUUAUACAAGUUAAAAUUUUGUUGUAUGAUUCAGUUAACACCUAAUAUGUUUUAACAAAGUUGCAUAAACAAUUUUGUUUAAAAAUCAUAUUUUUAUCUGUAAUUUUAGUUUUUAAAAAUAUAAAUAAUUUAUAGUAAAAUGAAUACUAUACUUUGUACUUACAUGAUUAAAAGAUAUUUCAUACUUUACCUAAUCUUUCUAUAUAUUAUUUUUCCAAACUUUCUUCAAACAUUGUGUUGGUAAAUGUUUAGUUAUUACUUAUUAUGGAUAUGCAUUUGCCAUUUUGAAUUAUAAAGUUAUAUUGUAGUUAAGUUCUUAUUGAAUAACAAUAUAUAACUUACCAGUCAUUCAUUUUAAAUGUAAUUAGUGGUUGAUUGUUUCAAAUAAAACAAGUAAAUUAUCACAAUAAUGAGAAAAAUGAGGAAAAUCUUUUUUGUUUUAUAGUUGGCUUAAGAAAAUACUUGAGACGAUGUCGGCGCAAUAUUUGUUUUCUCUCAGCCCACGUGCAACAUAGAUAAGACACAUUCACUUGAAAUCAUUUUUUUCUGAUUUGAGUAAUCUUGGAGUAAAAUCACCUAUUACAAAAAUUAUUGAGGAUAAUAUUUUUGAGCUUAUGAUAUUAUAUAGGUUUUAUAUUUUAUUGUUAUUUUGCCAUUUUGUAUUCGACUCAAAAUAAAAAAAAAAUUAAUUUAAAUUAUAUUUUUUAUUUAUUGUUUUGAGGCAAUAUUUAGACAAUAGGAUAAGUCAUAUCUUCAAAAAUAUUAUUUUCUAUCGUUUUUGUGGUGGGUAAUUUUACUCAAAUAGGUUUCUUAAAAACAUAAAAAACAAAGGAUUAUGCACUUUGUCAUUUUGUGCCCAGAGAGAGAAAACAAAUAGUGCGCUGACAUCCGCUUAAUGAUUAUGAUAGACUGUUAUUAUUGUGGAGAGUGAUUUAAAUUAAAUCACAAAUUGUCUGUGUUCAUUAUUAAGGAGUCAUACUUUUUGAAUGAAUUCUUGUCAUAAAAUAUAAAUAUUAAUUUGUUAUAAAUUGAAUAUAAUUUCAAGAUAUAGGAAUAAUAAAAUUAAACAAUAUACCCUAAUAAUCAUGUAUAGUAUUAAUGAUAAUACUGAUUUCAAUUUUUAAACGUCAAUGCUUAAAAUAAAAAUAACCUUUAAUAAUAUAAAUAGAAAAAAAAAUUUUUUCUUACUGUUUUUCAUAAAAAAUAAAAGAAUAAUAAUUACAAUAUAAACAUUGUAUUUUUUGUACAUUAAGUAAAUUUGAAAAACUUUGUAUAGACACAUACAUUCAAUUAAUUUGGGAAUUGUAUACACAUAUAUGCCUCUUUAAUUCUUAUUAGGGCUCUAUGAAUUAAUCAUUUAAAUUGAAGAAACUGUACGAACUUGUAAAAUGUGCGUCAUAAAUUGCGUAUAGACAUUUAUAAUGAGAUAUAUUUUGUAAGUCUUUGAAAUAGAGAUAAUUAUAAAUUUGAGUCUAAUUAAAUUUUAAAUGAUCUAUAUCGGUUUACACACUCUUUAAGACUAAGUAAUUAUUAAUGUAUUAUGGUGGAGUGGAGAUGCCAGUUUCUGUAUUGAAUUGGUCUUCCAGUUUAUUAAUUCUGAAUAGGAGAAAUGUUUU